ACAGGACAUCACCACAUCAAAACCUGAUUUUGGAGAGCCGUUCUUGCCCGAUCCUCCCCCCCAAAUCAAAGUGCAAGCCCUAAUCUCAUUCCCAUUUUUCAAUCGGGAAUCGUCUUGAAACGACUGAGUUGCGGGCAAAUCAGACGCCCAAACCUCACAAAUCCGGCGAUAUUCCUUCCUCUAUCUUGAUACAGGUUGAAGAGACCGAAGGAUUCAGAGACUUUCGCCUCCGCUUUGCAAUUCUUUAGUUUGAUUUCCAGGGUGGAUGGGGCUUUGUAUUAGGAAUCCGGAUGAGAAUUGUUCCGAAAUUGCGCCUGAAUUGAUCGUUUCGGUGAAAGCGUUCUCAUUGGCGUCGGUAAUGGCAAAUGGGUAUGACGGCAAGCUAGGUAUCCUUUCUCAUGCAAGCAUGCAAGAAGCUUCGUGCUGCAAGUUUUGAUAUGGAGAAUUCCUCAUUCUUAUGUCUUGCUUCUUGUUAAACAACUAUAAAGGCGUUUAGUAUGAUCUUUGGUUUGAGGAUUGAAGAACAACGUACACCAAUUUUCUCAUGGGUUAUUCAAGUGUGAAGUAUUGAGUUGGAUUGCCUUUCUUCAGUGAUUGGGUUGUAUGCUUUAUUCUUAGCCUGUCAUAUGUGCGGCGCAAACGUGGUGCCAGAAACUCAAGAGAUGUGCCCCAAAUGUGAAGAAGAUUCCGGUAGUGGCUGUUGCAAAACCAUUCCAGCUGUGGAAAAUAGAAGGCAUGCUGAUGGUUACUCUUCGAGUAUUUUGAGAGAUAAUUUUUUGUCAAAUCUAAGUACAUUUUCUAGAAAUUCCUUUGAUCAUGUAUACAAGAGAAGAAAGCUACGACAGGAUUCUGACAGCAUUGUCAAUGAACAGAUGGACAUGAAAAGAAGAGGGAAUAUUCCUUCUGCCAAUUGUUCUAUUGGUCCUUCGAUCACAGAAAAGGAGCCUUCAUUAGGUUGCUUGUCCAAACAUGAAAUUGUUGCUGCUGGAGAAUCAGUCCCAUCUCUGGUGGUUGAUAGCCAUACCCAUAUAUCAGAUUCUGAACCUUUCCAUAAAUACAAAGCCCUGGAAGAACGUGGUCCCGAUGGAGCAUCAAUAGGUAGAAUGCGCAAAGUAAUUGAUGUUGGUAGUGCAAAUGACAGUUGUUCAUCAAAAUCGAACACAGAACUUACGUCAACUUCCUUGAGAGCAGGAGUUGACGAGACUUUUGAAUGUUCCUCUUCUAGUGUAACCCGUAUGGAGGGAAGAAGUGAUGUCCCCUUAAGGGAAAAUGAUAUCUGCAUCUCCAUCCUUAGAAGCCAGGGAUUGCUCGAAAGAACUUGUUCAACACCAACUCUUGCCUCUGAAGAUACUAUGUCUCACAGCAGUGACUGUAGUGAUGCUUGCUCAUGCAAAUCUUGUGGCCACAAUGGUACAGCACUGAAAAUGCUAAUAUGUGAUCAUUGUGAUGGAGCAUUUCACUUAUCUUGUUGCUAUCCUCGUAUAAAAAAAGUUCCGGAGAAUGACUGGUUUUGUCCCUCUUGCUUGAGAAAGAAGCACAUUGUUAAAAAGCAGAAAGCUACCAAGAAACCAACAAAAACUAUUAUUGCAACUGCUAAAGGCAAAAGCGCAUCUGCUGUGGACAAUUCAAAUCCAAUAGCAUCAAUGUUAGAAGAUGAUGAGCCAUAUACAACUAGUGUUCGUGUUGGCAAAGGUUUCCAAGCUGAUGUUCCUGAAUGGAGAGGUCCUCAAAAAGAUGACACCAACAUGGUUGAGGAGCCAGCAGCAAUAGAUCCUUCAGAAUAUGCCCAUCUGCAAUAUUUGAAAUCAAGCAAGCCUUCGAGGCUCAGCUCCAUUGGCAAUUGGCUUCAAUGUCGGAAGGCAGUUGAUAAUGCAGGUGUUAAUGGAAAUAUAUGUGGAAAAUGGCGCAGAGCACCUCUUUUUGAAGUCCAAACUGAUAAGUGGGAGUGCUUCUGUUCUGUUUUCUGGGAUCCGAGCCAUUCUGAUUGCGCUGUCCAUCAGGAGCUGGAGACAGAUCAAGUUCUAAAGCAACUGAAGUAUAUUGAGAUGCUGAGGCCACAACUUGCAGCUAGCAGACGAAAGCUUGUCCUAUCCAAGAGUGAAGUCUCUCAGGAACCCUGGGGAAUGCAACCAACAUAUAAGCCCCAAAAGAGUGUCAAUGUACAUGCUUGAUGAUUCUGUGAGGUGUCUGUAAUGCCAGCCUUGGCUAAUAAAUCUCUUUACACAAAAGCUGAUUCCAAUUUUGAGUUUCAUGUUGUUGGUCCCUUCUUCCUAUCCUCAUUCAGCUAUUGAUUUUUUCUUAUUUUUGUUAGCUGUAGAAAGAGCAUACAAUUUGUCUACUCUUAGUGAAAUAGGUUUUAGUUGAUCGUGUUUUUCUAGAAAUUUCUGUAUAAACCAGAGUGACCUGUAGCCUUUACCCAUUGGGGGAUGUAGGAAUGUAUUGUGUAAAUUACAGUGUGCGAUUUAGUAAAGCUUAGCACAAUGGUUCUAGUUCUAGUCA